AUGGGAAAUUAAUGUACUGCAAUAGAUCAUUGUUCAAAGGCAGAAGUUAUAUUUGAUUCUACAAAUAAUGAAUUAUACACUGAGAACAUCGAAUUAACUGAUAGGCCAUCAGAAGACUUUGUGUAGUCAGUAAGAAUGAGCUAUCGACCCUAACAAUCACUUCCAAUACAGAAAUAAUAGGUUCCAAUUGAAAUUGAAGACAGAAUAGAAGAACGGCCCACCUAUUAAUUUCCAGAUGGAGUUCUCUAUACGGGGCAAUGGAAAGGCACAAUACGAGAAGGUCAUGGAAUCUAAGAAUGGCCGGAUGGAGCAAGAUAUGAGGGAGAAUUUCACAACAAUGUACCCCAUGGAAGAGGGAAGUUUAUUCAUGCAGAUGGAGACAUUUAUGAAGGAGAAUGGAAUGAAGGGUAGGCAGAAGGAUUUGGAACUUUUUAUUAUAAACUGAAUGGAAAGUAUGAAGGAGAAUGGAAAGAGGAUGUGCAGCACGGAUUUGGGAAGCAAGAGUGGCCUGAUGGAUCGCGUUAUGAAGGAAAUUAUUCAAGAGGAAUGAAACAUGGGGAAGGAAAUUAUUAUUGGGCAGAUGGAACUACAUAUUAGGGUGAAUGGGCACAGAAUUAAUUCAAUGGGCAAGGAGCGUAUCAAUGGGCUAAUGGAAGAUCGUAUGAAGGAUAGUUUCUUAAUGGUUUUAUGCAUGGAUAUGGAGUGUACAAAUGGCCAGAUGGGAAAUCCUAUUAAGGAGAGUUUAAGAAUGAUAAGAAGGAUGGUUUUGGAGUUUACACUUGGGCAGAUGGUAAGAGAUAUGAAGGGAGCUUUGCAGAAGGAUUACAGAAUGGAAGAGGAACGAUGGUGUUUUAGGAUGGAACAAUUAAAUAAGGCAUUUGGGAGAAGGGAAAGAGGAUGGGAUGGUUGGAUGAGAAUAAUGAAUUACAGAAGAGUUUGAUAAUGAGUCAAUAUGGAAAUUAGAGUUUAUAUUAGAGUUAGCUGCCAAGUUAGAUCAGAAUGGUCUAGGAUUGA